GCUGCAAUGAGCGGACGAGUCGGAGACCUGAGCCCUAAACAGGCGGAAACUCUCACCAAGUUUCGAGGGAAUAUUCAAGAUAUCCUGCCUAGCCUUCCUGCUCAGGAUGACCACUUUCUCCUACGAUGGCUCAGAGCCAGAAGUUUCAACCUUCAGAAAGCAGAGUCAAUGAUUCGCAAGCAUGUUGAGUUCAGGAAACAGAUGAAAGUUGACACUCUCACGAGUGACUGGGAACCUCCUGAGGUCAUUACUCGUUAUUUCGCUGGAGGCAUGUGCGGCUAUGACAAAGCAGGCAGCCCUAUUUGGUAUGACGUGUUGGGCCCUUUGGAUCCAAAAGGUUUGAUGCAUUCGGCAUCUAAGCAGGACUUUUUAAAGACAAAAAUCCGAGACUGCGAGCUGCUGCGAGAAGAGUGUUUUAAACAGUCUAAAAAGCAUAAUAAACACAUUGAGGCAAUCACAAUGAUCUAUGAUUGUGAGAAUCUAGGAAUGAAACAUUUAUGGAAACCUGCAGUUGAACUGUAUGGAGAGGUGCUUACCAUGUUUGAGGAUAACUACCCUGAGGGUUUAAAGACAUUGUUUGUUAUCAAAGCACCAAAGAUUUUCCCUGUGGCCUACAACCUCAUAAAACAUUUCCUUAGUGAAGACACACGGAAGAAAAUUCAAGUAUUGAAAAAGAAGAUAAACUUUGGUGGUGAUGUACCAAAGUCAUAUUACAUCCUUGAGUCCAUUAAGCAACAAUAUGAAAACAUGGUCACUGUCAACAGGGGCUCAUCUUUUCAGUCUGAAUACGAGGUGCUGUUCCCUGGCUGUGUUUUAAGGUGGCAGUUUAUGACUGAGAGUGCAGACAUUGGGUUUGGUGUGUACCUGAAGACAAAAAUUGGAGAACGACAAAAGGCUGGCGAAAUGGUCGAAGUGGUUCCUAACCAGAGAUACAAUAGUCACCUGGUACCUGAGGAUGGAACAUUUACCUGCCAGGAACCUGGAGUCUAUGUUCUAAGAUUUGACAACACAUACAGCAUCAUUCAUUCGAAGAAGGUUAGCUACUCGGUAGAAGUGUUGCUGCCAGACAAGGGGUCAGAAGCUCAAAUGGAUGAUCUCGGAAAGAAGAUAAAAGAAAUGGAUGUCAGUAAAAUAUAACAACCCUUGUGACUGGAGGUGAAUCUGUAAGGCAACUUUACAAUGAGGUGAACUCAAAUUCUCUGCAGUGUAUGCACUGAAUGGAUUGGCAUGUGUUAAUGACCUGCUGAUUGUAGACUCAGCAGAGCUAGCUGUGGUGUGUGAACUUUGUGCGAUAUGGACCAUGUUGAGUAAUCAAAUGGAUUAACAUGUAUCAGUGAAAACUGGGAUAAGCUGAGUGCCUGCUAAGCAUGCUGCUUUUUACCAUAGGGUGAAUGGGACAUACACUAACACGCAUGCAUACACACACACCGUUUUUAUUUAAAAGACUUUCAUCUAAUAUUCAGCACUGAAUUUUUUUGUUUAUACAAAAGAAUUACAUUAAUCUUAUAUUACAUACGUGUUAGAGUAUUUGGCCGCUGUACUGACAAAUGACCCAUUAGCAUUGGACAAUAGACCACAUCUGUGAUAUACAUUCACCUCAGAAUGAUUCAAAUUAAGUUAUAAAGUGCUGAGCUUUUACCUUAAGUAGAAUUAAAUUAACAAUUAUUCAAUCUUAUGGUAUAUAAUUCUAAUCAAUGAUAACAUUAUAGUUGAUUGUUUCCAAUUGAUGUUAAUGAAUUUCUAGUUGCUAUGAGUUAAUGUAUCUUUGCUGUUAAUGUCAAUUCUAAAUUAAGAAAAAAAUUCUCAACAAUUUCAUUUACUGUCCCAUUUUUGGACCUAUUUUAAUAUCUUCUGUGACAGUCCUGUAUCACUGUCAGUAGUCAGGUCAAGAAAGACAAUAGCUACCCUGUUUUAAUUUAUCCUCCACUUUGGUAAAACUGACAACACAAAAUAAACUCACUUUUUUGUUCAAGAACCAACCAAUACCAAAAAGAAUGAUACCAGAUAUCAGUCAUCCCUCCUUGUUUCAGAGAGUUAUGUUCCAAAAAUCUUGAAUAACAGUCUUCAAGAAUUGUACAAUCACUUGAAUGGGAAUUAUCCUGGUUCCAUAAAAUCUUCUAAGUUUUCUCUUUAGCCUCUAUCACAGCUAGCUGGGUCAGAAAGUUUGAGUUGUGGCAAGGUUUGCACCAUAGAUUUAUAAAGUGUUAUUCUAGAAUCUAUUUAGUAUAUAUUCUUGCCCUGUACAAUACCGAAGGAACUGCAGAAUAAAACUUAAUUUGAACAUCUUUACAUUAAAUUCAGUAACCAAAAAUUUGAUUCAAGAAUUUCAUUCCUGUUCUCACGUAGUCAUUUAAAUCAAUAUUCUUUAUCUUGAUGCAAUUUAGAUAUCAAGCAGUCCUCCCUUAAAAAUCAUGGAAAGGGGAGUUUUUCCUUUCUUCCUUGAUACAUAAUAACUCUCUGAGUUUUCUCUUCCUCCGUCUGAUGAGAUAGGAUAAAUGAAGUUGUACAGUGUAGUUGAAGUGCAAUUUGUAACUUCCUGAUAGUGGAGCUUGAUUGGUGCUUUAAAGGAUACCAGAUUUUCCUUCCCACUAUCAAAAUAUCUGCCAAAUCUCUCAUCUUUGAAUGGGCCAGCUAAGAAUUCUGAAUGUUUGCUUAAAUUGAACAAUUGAGUUCAGACAACCAGUAAGUAAUCAGUAAGGAUCAGAUGUGCAAUCUUUGAACCUGCAGGUCCACCACUUCUGUUCAUCAAUGUAGUGUAUCACCCACCACAGCUUUGUUAUUUAGCUUAAUUGUACGAUUCAAACAAGUUGAAAAACACAGCAAUGAUCUGUGCCUUCUACUAAGAACAGGCCAGAUUAAUAUGUUGGUUUUCCAUCUUGAGUCAUCAUGAAGAGUUAACAGUUCCAUAUAUUUCUAUAGUGAGAUUCACUCCCAAUGAUUCAUUGCAUUGUCUGCAACAUUUAGAUUGGAAGGAUUCCUAAAUUUUGUUUCCAGUUAUGUUUUUGUUUAGAGGUCAUUGGUCUGUCUGGCUAGGACAGCAUUUAUUGCUUAUUCCCAAUUGACUCCUGCGAAGGUGCUGAUGAACCACCUUUCUUGAACUGCUAUAGUCCAUGAAGAGGUAGGUAUAUUUACAGUUUUGUUAGCAAGGUAGUUCAAAGAUUCAGACUCAGUGACAAUGAUAAAAUACCAAGUUCCAAGUCAGCAUUGUGUGUGACUUGGAUGGGAACUUGCAAGUUGUAGUGUUCCCAUGUAUCAUCUGUGCUUAUCCUUCUAAGUGGUAGAGGUCUCAAUUUUGUAGGGAAUUUUGAGUCAGUGGAUCUGAUAUUGAAAGUUGGUAUAGUUGGUUAGGUUCAACUGCAGUGUUUUCAAAUGUUUAGCUUGCUAAUCCACCUAACUAGGUUCAUGAUUGAAGAAAAACUAUCUGAGCAAGUUACUGUAGGAAUGAUUAUACCCAUGGUACUGCUCCCAGCAGAUGUCCAUAACAUCAGAGGAUGUGGAGCGAAAACUGAGCAGAAGUGAUACCUAAAGUUAUAAAAUUCCCUCCCAGUUUAUGAUAUCUUCAUCUUGAUCACCUUCUUGUCAGUUAGCCCUGUUUUGGAAAUUUGGGCAGAUUUCUAGUCAGUCAUUUUUACUGGUCAGAAAAUGAUGCACAUCACAAAUCCAAAUUCCUGCUAAGUGCUCCCUGCAAAGGUUGAAAAAUUGUAUUAUUUUUGGCAGUAUUUUAUUGCUAAUUACAUUUUAAUUUGAAACAAACGUUUACUUCUGCAUAAUUUACAAUUUAUAAAACUAAACUAAAUUAAUAUUAAAUGAAUAAAUGUACUAUUGGAAAAGCUGUGCUGGAACAUUAGUAUAGUUUAGUCCCAGUCACCACAUUGAUUUCCAUCUAUAAUCAUACAUUGAACACACACCAUGGCAGGGUUCCAUUAUUCACUAAUGCUUUAAUUCCAGUGUAAUUGCUAUUUUAGGUGCCAUAAACUUCAGAGUUUCUUUAAAUGCAGAACUUGCUGCAGAUUAUAAUAAAUUUCUGUGAUAUUUGUGUAUCUGGACUGAUAUCAUUUAAUUUAUAAUUGAAUAUGUAUUUACCUAGAGAAGAGAGGUUUUUAAAUCAGUUUUGGUUUAGGGAAAAUGUAAAUCUCUUCCAGGUCUACUUUGUUGAUUGAUUCCAUGAAGAUCAGUAAAUAAUAAACAUUAACUAAUCAUUAAAAGUGAUCUAAGAUUGAUACCUGUAAAAUUGCAGAUAGCAAGAGUGGUUUAUUAAAGUUCCAGAAAUCUGAGUUUUUACUCAAGCCUUCUAUCCAGAUCAUUACAUGUGUUAUUUAUAAUAUGCACUGGAUAAUGUUAUCUGUAACUGUUGAUGUUAAUCAUGCUGUAGUCAUCAUGUGUCUUCAAGUUGCUUGAAGGAAUCAAGAUGUCUUAAGUAUUUUUUCAGGUCUCAUUUUGGAUCAAACAAAACUUUCUCUUGUCAUUUGCAAGAUAGAAUUGAAGUUAACAGGAAAUGAUUUUAUAUAAAUUAUAGAAUUUCUGAGCUGCUGAUUUCUGUUUGAAUGUGAAUAUUACAGUGCGACAGCCACAGAAAGCUUUUACAUCUGUGAUGUCAACACCAUUGUUUACAGAAAAAUACUGUGCAAUUGUUCAGAGUAAAUCAUACAUCCAGUUUAUAUCUGAUCACCAAAAUAAGAAUGUAGAAACAGAAAAGGCUAUUCAGCCCAUCCAACUGGUUCCUAUCUCUUGAGAUGAGAUCUUAACCUUUCAAGAUUUUUUAGUUCUAAGCCGUCUGUAUUAAAUAGGAAAUGAUUAAAUGCUUUUUGUAAUGCUUCUAAAUAGGAUUUAGUCGAAAUAUAAAGAAAUUAUUUCCUAUGUUAGGUUUGUCUCUGGCUUUUUCUCAAUUUAGCUAAUCAAGUCCUCUGUUUUUGUUUUGUCCUGCUUUUAUCUGGUUGAAUUAUACACACUGAACUAUUUCUUUUUUAUAAAGAAUACUUUCAUCAUUUCACAUUUUAGAAUGAUCACCAUAGAUUGAACUUGAUUAGUUUCUUCUUUUAGCUCAAUUACUUAAACCUGGGUCCUUCUUCCACCCACAACUUCCUACACACCUAAAGCUUUUAGCCUUGAUAGUACUUCCUGCACUUUGGCUGUUGGAUAUUCUAAAGUUUUUUUGGAGAUUCUGGUUAGAGCUGAAAGUAAUUUAGUUGAUCCCCUAUGGAAGAGUUGUGAUUAAAAUGCUGUGAAGCUAUGGAGAAUCAGUACAAGGUGCUGUCAACUGCAUUAUGUAAUUCAGAAACUGCAAAAGGUUGUUGAACUGGCACAGUGCUUUGCAUUACUGCUAAAAUUAGUGAAGAGGUAGUGAUCACCAGACUGCACAGAAAUUUAUUGACAUUUUCAGAAACCAUUUGGGUUGCUGUGUGUGAAGACAAAAAUAACAAUGAAGAAUUUGUUUCCAGAACAGAUCAAGCUGCAAAUCAGCAGCAACUCUUCAACCUAAGACAAGGCCAAAAUGUUUUGGUAAGGUGAAAAAUUACUAAUACCCUUCGAGGCAAUUUUGUUUAAUACACUGUGCAAGAUUAACUCUCCAAUUGCCACAGAAAAUUGUAUGACAAUUUUACAGUGUCCAUUUUUCUAUAAGUGAUUAAGAAAUAUGGUGGAUACUAUAUUUAACUUCUUAAAUAUAUAUUGUAUAGGUGUUUGUCAUCCUCCAACCACCAGUGGGGAGCCAAGCACACAAAGGACACAGUUUACAGAGUCAUAGCUAAAAUGUUGCUCUUUCUCUGACACUCCCUGUGAACACAGCUCCUUGGUAGGCCAUACAAUCACAAAAGUCAGCACUGAUUUGUAAAAGCUUACGUCAGUAAAAAAACAGAAAUGUUUCUUUUUUCCACAAAUCAUUUUGCAUUUGGAUUUGUUAACUAUUGUGCAAAGUUAAAAUCAACUGUGUAUUUUGUGGGGAACAAUAAAAUUAUAUAUUUCAUGCUAA